CUAAAACUCAGUAACUCAGUUUGUGAUUAAGUCUUUAAAGCUGAGCUAACAAGCCUAGUGGAACUCACAGCAACGAUUUCACCAACUCUAUGAUUUAUGCUUCACCUCGCUUGCGCUUUCGGUGUAUGUUUUCAGUCUUCAAUCCUAGCAGACGAUGAAUUGUUAUUCUCUCACUACUGUCACUCAUGGCCUCAGCCCGAGCUCAUUUCCAUGCCGUCAGAGGCCUAACAAGGCCUACUCUAUUGGGUUGCCUUUCAAGGUCUCGUCAAACCGAGGCCGAGCAAAUCCAUCCCUCGCUGUCUCUGCACCUCUAUCGCCGUUCAAAAUCUGCAAUUCUGGACUUGGUCGAACGAGGGCGUCUCCAAAUGGUGCCCAAUCGGCCGGCGGAGAUGUCUCAAGUGAGCUGCGCACACCGAGUUUCUUGGAAUUCAUCACUUCCGAGAGGGUGAAAGUGGUGGCGAUGCUCGCUUUAGCUCUGGCUCUCUGUAACGCCGAUCGGGUUGUCAUGUCGGUCGCGAUUGUGCCACUCUCGAUCUCUCGUGGCUGGCGUCAGUCCUUUGCUGGCGUUGUUCAGUCGUCUUUUCUAUGGGGAUACCUGAUAUCACCUAUAGCUGGAGGGACUCUGGUGGACCGUUAUGGUGGUAAAGUAGUCAUGGCUUGGGGAGUGGCUUUGUGGUCUCUGGCUACCUUCCUUACUCCAUGGGCAGCUGAAACAUCUCUACUAGGUUUGCUUGCCAUGCGAAUGCUACUUGGCAUUGCCGAAGGUGUUGCUCUUCCUUGCAUGAAUAAUAUGAUAAUAAGAUGGUUUCCUCAAAUCGAGCGGUCAAGGACUGUAGGACUUGCAAUGGCUGGAUUCCAGCUUGGAAGUGCUAUUGGGCUUUCGCUUUCUCCAAUCCUCAUGUCACAAGGAGGCAUAUAUGGACCGUUUGUGAUAUUUGGGUUGUCUGGCUUUCUUUGGGUUUUGGUGUGGAUAUCAGCAACCUCAAGCUCUCCAGACCGCAGUCCUCAAAUAUCAAUGAAUGAGCUGAAAUACAUACAGAACCAGUCAUCAGUAUCUUCUUUGUCAAAAGACCAAAGGAGAGCAAGUCAAGCGAUUCCUCCAUUCCGGCGUUUGCUCUCUAAGCUACCGACUUGGUCUUUAAUUAUUGCAAAUGCUAUGCACAGUUGGGGUUUUUUUGUCAUACUUUCAUGGAUGCCAAUCUACUUCAAAACGAUAUAUAAUGUUGAUCUCAGACAAGCUGCAUGGUUUAGUGCUGUUCCGUGGAGUAUGAUGGCUCUUACUGGCUAUUUUGCUGGCGUCAUAUCAGAUUUGAUGAUUCAAAAUGGCACAAGUGUCACUUUGACUCGCAAAGUCAUGCAGUCAAUUGGAUUUCUUGGUCCUGGCAUCGCUCUUAUCUGUUUAACAACGGCAAGAAGUCCAUUCAUAGCAUCUGCCUGGCUUACUUUAGCUGUUGGCUUGAAAGCCUUUAGUCAUUGUGGCUUCCUUGUGAACCUUCAGGAAAUUGCGCCGCAAUACUCUGGUGUUCUACACGGUUUGUCUAAUACUGCUGGCACAUUUGCGGCUAUAGUGGGGACUGUUGGUGCCGGUUUUUUUGUCGAGAUAAUGGGCUCGUUUAAGGGGUUCUUGUUGCUUACGGCUUUCCUGUAUUUCUCCGCAGCUUUGUUCUGGAACCUCUACUCAACUGGAGAGCGGGUCAACUUUGACGAAACUACUUAGGCCCUUUGUUCAAAUUUGACAAUGCCCGGCUUGUAAUUUUGGGAUCGUGUUAGUUUUUAGAUAGCGAUGAAUCUAUGUGGCCGUGUGUUGAAUACUUGAACGUACAUUUGGAUCGGAUGUUGUAAAUAAUAAUAAGAGAUCUAAUAGUCACCCUCACGCAAAUGCAGUGUAAAUAAGAGAAAUAUGGGUGGUUAAAACUUCAAAGACUAUAUUUACAACACAUUGCAUCAAUUUAGAAUCAUACAUCUCAAGGCAAGGGACUCGGAUUUCUUAAUAAAGUAAAGAGAAGUUUAAAUGCAAACACGAGGAAGCGUGAUUGUGAAUUUUGUCAGUGAAAAGGAAUUCAUCAACCCCAAGAGUCACGUGAAAUGAUGGUUAAUUUUGGCGACAAUUCUUGACCAGCCGAAUCGAACCCAGAUGGCUGGUUAAGCCCAGUUAAG